UGGUAGAUACCCGCCCCUUGGCCUAUUGUUGGAUUGGAUCAACCACCUCCAUCUUGGGAACUUGUGAGAACUCCUGAUUUUGUGCUGCAAUGAAUACACAAAGGCUAGAGCUUAUUAGGAAGAGGAGAGAGGAAGACGACGAGGAGUUCAUGUUCUUACUUUUACCAAUAUUGCACUAUCACAAAAGGAGUAGAAGAGGGCAAGUAGAGAGAACACAGCGGCAUAGCUCCGUCUUGUAUGGCAUGCAACGUGUUCAAGGAAUCCUUGACGGACAUGUUAAGAAUUGCCGGGUAGCCUAUAGGAUGGAGCCACACAUUUUCGGAUCCUUAGCAUCCUAUCUUAGAAGAGAAAAAUUAUUGAAGGACAAAAGGAUUAAGGUUGAAGAAAAACUUGCUAUUUUCCUCUACAUGUUGUCACACAAUGCCUCUUUCGAAGACCUACAAUUGGAGUUCCAACACAGCAACCGUACCUUCCACAAGUGCAUAAGAGAGUUCUUCAACAUCAUCCCUGUCCUAAGUAGGCGAUUUCUGAAGCCUCCCAUUAUUGACCAUCCGCAUCCAAGAAUAGCCAAUGAUGACCGUUUCUUCCCCUACUUCGAGAAUUGCAUAGGGGCAAUUGAUGGAACACACGUGCCUAUUUCCAUAUCACCGCACCUUGCUGCACCAUUCAGAAAUAGAAAGGGAACCCUCAGCCACAACGUAAUGAUAGUUAGUGACUUCGACCUUAACGUCACAUACAUCUCUUGUGGUUGGGAGGGUUCGGCCACAGAUGCUCGAGUCCUUCGCUCUGCAAAGGCCACUGGUUUUACAGUACCUCCUGGAAAGUUUUACUUAGUUGAUGGAGGAUACGCAAACACGGAGAAAUUCCUCGCCCCAUACCGUGGCGUGCGGUAUCACUUGAAGGAAUGGGGCCAUGGACACCAUCGCCCACAAAACUACCAAGAGUUAUUUAAUCACCGUCACGCUCUGAUGCGAAACAGUGUGGAAAGGAACAUAGGAAUACUAAAGAAGAGGUUUCCUAUCCUACAUGUUGCCACGUUUCACAAACUGAACAACCAAGUGAAGAUCCCUGCGGCUACCGCAAUCUUCCACAACAUAAUCGAAGUCAACAUGUCUAACGGUAUUAUUCUUAUGACAACAGAUAUGAAGCCGACUUUGCAUCCAGUGGGCACACCCAAGUUCAACUUGAAAAAAGCUGCUCUUGGUGUGAGAAAAACUCCACCGACCAAUAAAAAAGAAAUCUCCAAAAGAGCACAAAAUGGAUGGAGUGGGGACACCUGGAACCGAAUGACGCAAAUAUUCCAGGAACGUAAUCAGCAUGUGAACUUCGUCAAAUCCCAGCUACAAGAUAAAGAAAAAGAACUCAAGAGAGAAUACAAGAUGCUCAAGGAAGCUCGGAUGCAAAGUGGCGCUGGUUGGGAUGAGAAUACCUGCAUGAUAGUUGCUGAGAAGGCUUUGUGGGAUAACCUAGAAAUCUCCUUCCCAAGAAUUGGGAAAUUCAAGAGAAAUGGCUUUCCUAUGUAUGAUUCUCUUGGAGAUCUAUAUGAUGGCCAAAUAGCCGAGGGGAAUCACAAUUUCACUUCAAGCUCUAAGGCAUCUCAACUUGAUGAAGAGUUAGAAGAUGAGAGAGUGCAAGAAGCUGGGUCCGAAUUUGAUGAGGACUUGCAAAUUCCGGAUGAAGACCCUACCGAAAAGAAAGAUGAGGGCACGGGAAGUUCGACUAGCCGAGAAUGGAGAAGAAGGCAACUGGUGUACCAAAGAAAAUUCCUCCAAAGGAAUUAA